AUGGGAUCACUUGAAGAAGAAUUGGAGGAACUUGAAUCUGAUGAUGAUGUUAAUCAACCAUUGAUAAUUAGAUCAGCUGCCUCCUCUUCUUUAUCUUCUUCUUCUUCUUUAUCUUCUUCUUCUUCUUUAUCAUCAUCUACUUCAUCCCUUUAUCAUCGUCGUCGUCGUCGUCGUCAUAUCAAGAAUUGGAAUUGCCAAAACAAAUAUCAAGUAUUUUUCAUCAUCAUCAACAACUUUAAACCAACUAGUUUUUGGCAUUUUGAAAUGGCAAACUUUCUUUAUACAAAAUAUUAA